UAUUGAUAAAGUUGGUCACACUAAGUGAACCACUGUUUUAUAUUUAUAAGUUGCCUUAAAUGGGUUUGCACUGCAAAAAUUAUUCCCCCACCAUCUGUUAUUGUCUGGUUGGCAUUCAAACCCAUAUAACACUGAGGAAAAAAUAGCUAAACAAAAGUUCCCAAAUUAUUAUUAUUCUCGUUGUGUACAUCCAGUACCUUCUAGUCAAACAUCUGUACAAACGCGUUGAUAAAUGUUACAGAAGUCUGCAUUCAUCAGAGCCGUAAAUCAUUUAGGAUGCCACUCAGUUUCACUUAUUUGCAAAACAAUCUAAUCUCAGGUUUAAAAGCUACUUUGCAUUCAAAUCCUUUCACCUGCCGGGUAGUCUUUAAUCAUUUUUUUCAAUUGCUGCUGUUUUUCAAGUUUUAUCAUUUAUUGAAAAUAUUUGUUUCAAUGUUAUUCCAUUUAGCAAUAUGAAGUUGUUUUGUGCACAGAGAGAAGAGAAAGUAUUGUUUGUGUAGGUUAUUUAAAAAUAACUUUUUUUUUUGAGUGUUUGUUCGUGAAUUGGAGUUGUCUUUGUUAUUGGAAUUCUGUGAAGUGGAUUGCUUAAGAAGAGUUGGAAGAGUUGAUAUAGUUACGCUUACUUGAAUUGUUUGUAACAUUGUUGAUGAGGAAAAGUGCUCGGAGUUACAACCAAAAGGUGUAAAAUGAAAAAUAUUGAGUAGUGUUUGGAGUGUGACAUUGCUGGCCAAUGAUGGAUGACAUCCUUGGAAUGAUGCCUUUGUUAAAACUAAUUUAGUUUUUUUAACAACUAAUCUGCUUGUAAUAUUUCUGUUUAAUAGCUUUAAUGAAUUGUAAAUAGUACAGUAAUUUAGUAUGGCGUAUCGUUAACUCAAACACACAUAGUGUAGAGAUGUGCAUGUUUAGAAGUUUUUAUACUGUUAAUGGUAAAGGAUGUACAUAAACCGUUGUGAUUGGACAGAUUAACAGAAUAAAGUUAAUUAAAACUGUUACCCUGUAGUAAUAUGUAUGCUAAAUAUGUCAGUCUAUUUUUUUUUUUUUUUUUUUUUUGACUUUUAAAUCAAAAAUGAAUCAGAUUUACAUUAUUGUUCCCUGGAGGAUCAAAUGAGUUGGUGCCAGAAAGCUUGGGCUUUAAAUAGUUUUCCCCAACAACUACCACUUUAUGGGUUGGACACUGUGCAGUAGUUAAAGUUUGUAGGUAGAGCAGGCAGAUGAACAUUUAACAGGAGGAAUUAUGUAACUUUCACUGCCUUUUCUUUCCUCUUUAUUUCCAGCUGCUUUAAUUUGAGAUUUCACAUAUUAUUGAUUUGGCAAAGGUAUUAGUUGCUAGGACAACAGGUUACCACCAGUAUUGUCUGCUCUGUUUUUAUGUGUCAUUGCCAUGGCUUCAAUGACCCAAUAAGGUGCUCUGUAAUGUUAAUACUGUUGUAGCAAAGGGAAGGAAAGGUGGACCUAAUACACUAAUACUCCGUGGUACAUAUUGAACCUUUAUUGGAAAAUAGCUAUUUUAAUAUAAGUCAAACUAUAGAUUUUGGUAUAUUUAACUUUUUUAAUGUGUGGCACCCACUAAAAAUAAAAAAACAAUGGGGUCCCACAUUUUUCAAAUGUACAUACAGUUGAUCUACAUUUCUAAUGUGAGAACCUCUGUGUGUUAAUUUGCAUUUAUAUGAAAUGAGAAAUUUUCAUUUGUUUAUAGCUGAGGUUCUGUACAAUGUCUUGUUGUCUUGUUUCUAAAAAAAAAAAAAAACAGCCCAACAUUCAACAUCUCACUGACGGCAUAUGGUUAAUUUAUACUCCCUCCAUGUGUCUCCUCUCCUCCUGACACUGCUACAUGCUCUUCUUCCACUCAACCCUCUCCUCACUGCAGCAAUGCAGUUAACUGAAAGGGAGGAGAGAAUCUGUGGAAAACAAAUUGUCACCCAUGGCGCUGGUGCUUGUUAAGGUUACUGUCAUGCCUCUGUGUUUUAUUUGUAUUUAUUAGAAAGGAGAAUGAGGCCAUGGGUGGUUGGGUGGGUGGGGUUUCUGUGCUAGUCAUAAUUUAUGCUAAUUGGUUUUAUACCCCAUCAAGGUAAAUGUGAAGAAGAGCUUGUUUUUGGGCGAGGAAAGAAACACUUAACAUCAGGGAGGAGGAUGGGGGGAGCGGGGGAGGGCGAGGGGUUCCCUCUCACAUGUAUAAUCCUGCAUUAUUGGUGUGUUAGAAUCCUCAGGCUCUGCCCUCUGACUGACUGCUGCAUUAUUUAUUAAGUGGUGAACUGCCUUGUAGUGCGACUCCUGAAGUACAUUUCCCUUCACAGAGGCAGCAGUGUAUUUGCUGCUGCCUGCGUACUAGGUCCAUUACGGUAUUUUACCCCUGCUAUUUAUCAGCUGAGCAGAGGAGCCAGACGGAUGCAGAGAUAGAGAGGAGGGGGGAGAAGGUGGGAAGCACAGACUGCUGCAAAUCCACAGCAGCAGCGGCAGCAGCAUCAUUCUCACCACCAGUUAAGUCACAUCAUGCUGAGGAGGGGCUGUGAGAUGGUGAAAGGUGACAAAGAAGUCCUCCUGGAUGUGGACUACGGGAGUGAAGCACCAACCACUGACACUUAUGGAAGUCUGCACAAUGGAGGGAUCAUCCCACCAAGAUAUUUUUCAGCCACAGCUGCUGAUGACGAUGAUAUGGACAGUAAUAAUUCCAUUCCCAUGCAGUGGAUGCCGAAAAGUAAUGAUCCAGUUCCACAGUUGGGGAAUUACUUCAGAGAUGGAAGGACUAAGAUUGACUUCGUUCUUGUGUGGGAGGUACGCUCACGUAGGAAAAGGCGAGGAAAGGGGAAGACUGAGGUGCCAAGUGAGGAAGGAGAGAGCGUGCCCACAGAAGAGAACAGCAGGUCUGAGCGAAGGAAGGCACAGUUGGCACAGUGGAGGGAGAAGUUUGUUCAGAAUCUAGAAAGUACUGGGUUGCUCAUGGAAAAGGAGGAAACAGCUAAUGAAAAGAAGACGAUACACUUUCUGAAACUCAGCGCUCCCUGGGAUGUGUUGGUUUAUUAUGCAGAGGAACUCUGUCUCAGAGCUCCAUUACAGGCACAGCUUCAUCUGGACUUGAACACAUCUGCUCAGGUACUGGCAAAACUAUGCAUCCCUAAUGUCAUGGCAGACUCGGUGCCAAACAGGCCGCUGGACUAUUACACAUGUGCCUUUCGCAAGUCAAAGAUGAACAGGUUCCUUGGUUGUGACAACCAUGACAACUACUUCACUAACACACAGAGACAUCGCGUUGUGUAUGAGAUUCUCUCCAGCACAGUUUUUGGCAAGAAGAAGAAAACUGAAGCUGGAGUGGACAGACUGAUAAAUGAGGGGGCGUUCACUGCAGCUUUUCCUCUGCACGAGGGCGCUUUUGAGCUUCCUAAGUACGGGGUCCGACCUGAUGAGCUCAAUCAGAGGCAGGUUCUUUACCACUACUGGGCUCGCUGGGGCAAGUGGUACAAGUAUCAGCCCCUGGAUCAUAUCAGGGAAUACUUUGGAGAGAAGAUUGCUCUAUAUUUUGCCUGGCUGGGUUUCUACACGGCCUGGCUGCUGCCGGCUGCAGUGGUUGGAACCCUGGUCUUCAUGUCUGGAGUCAUGUCCAUGAGCAGCAACACACCAGCUAAGGAGAUUUGUACCAGUGAGGCCACUUAUCUAAUGUGUCCUCUAUGUAACACAUGCAAGGCCUGGAACAUGUCUGAGAUCUGCACCAUGGCUAAGCUUGGCUACUUGUUCGACCAUCCAGGGACAGUCCUCUUCAGUGUCUUCAUGUCCUUCUGGGCUGUGACCUUUCUGGAAUACUGGAAGAGGAAGAUGUCAACACUGGCCCAUCACUGGGACUGCAUGGACUUCCACGAAGAAGAGGAGCGUCCUCGUCCAGAGUUUGCUGCCAUGGCUCCAAGAAUGGAGCAGAAUCCAGUGACUGGAGUCAAAGAGCCCUACUUCCCAGAAAAGACCAGGCUUUCUCGCAUGUUCACUGGCUCCAUGGUCAUCAUCAUGAUGCUGUGUGUGGUGAUGAUCUUUCUGGUGACGGUGGUCAUGUGUCGAGGCAUCAUCAGUGUCAUGAUGUUCCAGACAGGCAGCCCUGUCCUGCGUACAGAGGCAGGGACCAUUGCCAACAUCCUCAGCAGUAUUGUCAAUCUGGGCCUCAUCUUGCUGAUGGGACGAGUCUACACUGCUUUAGCUGAGCAGCUCACAAAAUGGGAGAUGCACAGAACACAAACGCAGUAUGAAAAUGCCUUUAUCUUCAAGGUCUUCAUUUUCCAGUUUGUCAACUUCUACUCUUCUCCUUUUUAUGUGGCUUUCUUUAAAGGAAGGUUUGUAGGUUAUCCUACCAACUAUGGAACAUUGUUUGGGAUGAGAAAUGAAGAUUGUGGUCCUGGUGGUUGUCUUAUUGAACUGGCUGAGCAACUCUUCAUCAUUAUGGUGGGAAAGCAACUUAUCAACAACUGUCAGGAGUUCCUUAUCCCCAAAAUAAAGGCCUGGCGCCAGAAAAGAACUUUGGCAAAAGUGCUUGGCAAAAAGGCAUCGUAUACGCCUCAGCGCUGGGAGGAAGACUACCAGCUGCUGGAGUGUGAAGGUCUCUUUGAAGAGUAUCUGGAAAUGGUGCUCCAGUUUGGGUUCAUUACCAUCUUUGUAGCUGCCUUCCCACUCGCUCCGCUCUUUGCUCUCCUCAACAACUGGGUGGAAAUCCGUCUGGACUCACACAAGUUUGUGUGUGAGUAUCGGAGGCCGGUGGCUGAGCGAGCUCAGAACAUUGGAGUGUGGUUUAACAUCCUGGAGGCUCUGUCCCACCUUUCUGUCAUUGCUAAUGCUUUUCUCAUCGCCUUCACUUCAGACUUUUUACCUCGUCUCCUCUACCGGUACAAGUUUGACAAUGAUCUUAACGGAUAUGUCAACUUUUCCUUGGCCUAUGCUCCACUGAACUACACUGACUAUCCAAUGUGCAGAUAUAAAGCUUACAGAGACAACAAUGGAACCUACACACUCUUCUAUUGGGAACUCCUGGCUGUUAGACUUGGUUUUAUCAUUGCUUUUGAGCAUGUGGUUUUCUUUGUGCUGAGAGCCAUUGAUUGGAUCGUACCUGAUGUCCCUGAGUCCCUGGAGCUGAAGAUAAAGAGGGAGCGUUACCUGGCCAAACAAGCACUGGCUGAGAACCAGGAAGCGCUGCUGCAAGUGACGCGUCCUCUGGAAACAUGAGUUAGGACUGCAUCAUGGAGAGGUCUGAGUUAGAGGGAGAGACUCUGAAUCCUGGGUUGAGCGAACUUUUUACCUGUGAGCAAUUCUGGCUCUGCACUUGGAUUCAUUUGUCACUUUAUUAAUGCAAACUGAUGCACAUAAAUUAAAAUAAGCAGGUGUGUGAUCAAGGAGAGGCACACCUCAGACCUAUUCUCCAACAAAAUACACUUAAAAUAAUUACGUCCAUGUUUUCUCUAUAUCUACUUUAUGUAGUAUUACAUCUUCACAGUGUUAUUUUCUAAACAAAAAAGGACGGUACUAUAUUCUUUAUUCAUGUCAGACAAAAACCUAUAGAACUUGGUUUUUUAUUGUUGGUGCAUUGUUUUUUAAAUUAUUUUACAUGGUAAACAUGGAUAAAUUGAUUACGUUUAUUCCACGUUACAAACCAGUUUUUCAAGGUCAAAAAGGGCCAAUUCUUUAAAAAAUACGUUAUCUAAUGAAAAAACCUCCCAUCAUGCAAUUUGGUAGCACUAUUAUCACAUACAAUUGGGUUUUUGGGGUAUCAAGUAUCCUGAUGGAAAAGUUUAAUCCAAAUUUAAGCACAGUUUAAUCAGUACAGGCCACACAGAGGUGUAUCACUGCUACUCUGCUUCUCUGUUUGGAGUUUUCCCUGUGUGUGCAUAGGUUGUCUCCAGGUAAACAUGCAGGAUUGGGUUAAUUGUUCACUCUAAAUUGACCACAGGAGUAUUAGUGUGAAUGUUUGUCUGUCUCUGUAUGUGGCCCUGUGAUGGACUGUGAACUGUCCAGGAUGCGCCUGUCCCUCACGGAAUGUCUUGCAAGUUCCCCGGCAAUCUUUACAAUGAUUGAAGGUAAACAUGAAAAGUUUCGAUUUGUUAGAAAACAUCUUGCUGUUACAUCGCCGUAGAGAACUCAACUAAAAUAAAUGUUUUUUUUGUUUUUUGAUAGAUCAAACCUAGUUUUUGUCUCUGUUUGAAGUAAUGUCUAUUGUCAGUAGUGUAGUGCACCUUGAAACAGAAAGAAGGAAAUCUGUAGAUGCAACAAGUUUAAAACCUCAGCAAAAGACAAGGAUAUUGUUCACAAUGGAAAUAUACAACAAUAUUGAAAAAAACAACAACUUCUAAAGCUGUGAACUGCUGUCAUGUGAUUAUUAACAUGACUGGACUCUGUCUGUUUGCCAGGUGAAGGCACAUGUCUUUACACCUCUACACCCACAGUUAGCUUUGCAUUCUUCAUAGUAAUGACAGAGUUUCUCCAGAGCAAGGAAAGCCACCUGACAACAUCCCAGAGAGAUAAUCCUAAUAACAGGUAAAUCAUCUGUUGUGUUGUAUUUUAUCUGUAUUAAAUGUGUGUGGGUUUAUUUUUCUUUUUAUGUUUUAUGUGUAAUGUUUUUUUUCUUUUAUUUUUAUUUUUCUAUUUUCUCUUAAAGUGCGUCUUUCCUUCGUAGAUCACUGAUAUUUUAAGAACACACACCGUUAAGCCUCGCCCGUCAUCAGCUGUGAUAGUGUGAUAACAGGUCUGUUGUUA